AUUUGAGGUAAGCCAAAGCCAGCCUCUUUGCUUCUCUUCUUUACGAGUAUUAAUUCUUUUUAUUAAAUUAGAAAUCGGUCGUUCCUUUUUUCCCCGAAAAGUUUGAUCUUUGGAAUGAACUCAUCAGCCGUUCUCAGAAGGCAAAAACUCUUAAAGCUCAUAAAAAAUCUACAUAUCUUUCAUCCCUGGUGCCCAAAACACAAAACCCUCCAAAACCCAUGUGCUCAAAUACAAAACCCUUCAAGGGUUUUUGGGGUUUCCCAAUAUUCAACUCAAUCCACCAAGUUCCCCGAGUACCAGAUGCCCUCUGUCACUUGGGGUGUUGUUCAAGGCAAAAAAGAGAAGCUAGUGAACCGUGUCAAAAUCUGUGAUUAUCUUAAGACCUUAGGAAUUAUCCCUGAUGAAUUAGAGAAUCUAGAAUUACCCUCUACUGUCGAAGUGAUGUCUGAGCGUGUCCAGUUUUUACAGAAACUUGGAUUAUCUAUUGAUGAUAUCAACGAAUACCCUUUAAUGCUUGGCUGCAGUGUGCGUAAAAACAUGAUACCUGUAUUAGGUUACUUGGAAAAAGUCGGGAUUCCAAAGUCAAAACUAGGGGAGUUUGUUAAGAACUAUCCGCAGGUUUUGCACACAAGUGUGGUUGUUGAGCUUGCUCCUGUUAUUAAGUUUCUUAGGGGGCUCGAUGUUGAGAAGCAAGAUAUUGGAUAUGUUCUACAGAAGUAUCCAGAACUGUUGGGGUUUAAACUUGAAGGUACUAUGAGUACUUCGGUUGCUUACUUGGUGAGCAUAGGAGUUAGUCCGAGAGAUAUUGGUCCUAUGGUGACACAAUAUCCAUAUUUUCUAGGUAUGAGAGUUGGGACUGUUAUUAAGCCGCUUGUUGAUUACUUGGUUUCCUUGGGAUUGCCAAAGAAGAUUUUGGCUAGAAUGUUGGAGAAACGGGCAUAUAUAGUUGGUUAUGAUCUUGAAGAAACUGUUAAGCUGAAUGUUGAUUGCUUGAUUAGUUUUGGAAUUCGGAGGGAAGCAAUUGCUUCAGUUAUUGCACAGUAUCCACAAAUUCUUGGGUUACCUCUGAAAGCUAAGUUGUCUUCACAGCAGUAUUUCUUCAAUCUGAAGCUCAAGAUUGACCCAGAUGGGUUUGCUUGUAUUAUAGAGAAGAUGCCACAGAUUGCAAGCCUAAAUCAACAUGUUAUUAUGAAGCCUAUAGAGUUUCUUUUGGGGCGGGGACUGCCAUUAGAGGAUGUGGCAAUUAUGGUUAUGAAAUGUCCCCAAUUGGUUGCACUACGAGUUGAGCUCAUGAAGAAAAGCUAUUAUUACUUCAAAAGUGAGAUGGGGAGGCCGGUCAAAGAGCUUGUGGAGUUUCCAGAAUACUUUACUUAUAGCUUGGAAUGUAGGAUCAAACCCAGGUACACCAAGUUACAAAGCAAGGGGAUUAGGUGCUCACUGAACUGGUUUCUGAAUUGUAGUGACCAGAGAUUUGAAGAGAGAUUGCAGGGUGAUUAUAUUGAAUCAGAAAGCUUAGGACCUUCAUUCUGUAUGGGUGGGAAAUUGGAGCUACCGGGAAGUGACGUUGUGUCAGAUGAGGAAGAUGAGAGUGAUGAUGAAGUACUUUACAGACGCACGGUUUCUCUGUAGUAAAGUUUUUCAUUACAUUAAUGAAUCAACUUUGUUUUGAACUGCAAUUUCUCUAGCCCAUCUUUCUUAUCUUUAGGCCUCUACUUAUGUUCUCAGUUUUUGUUAUAUUUGGAUUUUCUCCCUAUAUUCAUUGUUACAACUACAGUGCUUGCUCAAGCACAUCCAGACUUGCCUGCACUUGCAUGGACGGUCAUAUAGUGCAUAUUCAAAAUUGCAUCUGGGAGCUGUCUUUUUUGCUGUUAAUUACCCGGUUUGUUUAUAGUAUUGGGUUUUAUAAGUUUCUCCUUAGAAUUAAAGCUUUGAUCAAUUAAAUCAGAAAUCAGCGAGGAGUAUUUAUGGACACCUAGGUGAGCUUCCUUGAAUUCAUGAGGACUUUUCUAUAGCAAGCUUAUAAAGCAUAUGAACAUUUUAGUGAGA